UAUAUUCAAUUUAUAGAUAGAACAUUGAACCAUUAUUGGACUGUGACACUGUCAUUCAAAGUACAAUUACUUAUCCUUUAAACAGAUUUUAUUUAUUCAUUGUUAUUUAGGUUGUAUAAAUAAUCUAAUAGUGACGUAGGUAUUGUUCAUGACAGUUCUUCGAUCUAUUUGCAAUAUGAUCAAUACAGGAAAACUUGCGGGUCGCACAAUUUUUAUUACUGGGGCAUCAAGAGGAAUUGGAAAAAGUAUUGCUUUGAAAGCUGCAAAAGAUGGGGCAAAUAUUGUUAUUGCAGCUAAGACUGCAGAACCACAUCCAAAGUUACCAGGCACUAUAUAUACCGCUGCCAAAGAAAUUGAGCAAAUGGGUGGAAAAGCAUUUCCCUGUGUUGUAGAUGUAAGAGAUGAAAUUCAAGUAGUUUCUGCAGUAGAGAAUGCUGUUAGCAAAUUUGGUGGUAUUGAUAUUGUUAUUAAUAAUGCAAGUUCAAUUUCUUUAACAGGAACAGAAUCUACAGAAAUGAAAAAGUAUGAUCUUAUGAAUAACAUCAAUACUAGGGGAACAUUUUUAGUGUCCAAGGUAUGUAUACCUUAUUUAAAAAAAAGCACAAAUCCUCAUAUAGUAAAUAUCAGUCCACCAUUAAGUAUGAAACCAAUAUGGUUCAAAAAUCAUGUUGCAUAUACCAUAUCUAAAUUUGGAAUGUCGAUGUGUGCUCUUGGUAUGGCUGAAGAAUUAAAAGAUGAUGGUAUUGCUGUUAAUACAGUCUGGCCAAAGACUGCUAUUUUUACUGCUGCAAUUGAAAUGUUAUCUGGCCCUGAAUCAAGUAAUUAUAGUCGUAAACCUGAAAUAAUGGCAGAUGCUGUAUAUGCUUUAAUUUGCAAAAACAGCAAAUCUAUCACUGGACAGUUUUUAAUUGACGAAGAAAUAUUAAAAAAUGAAGGAAUUACAGAUUUUACUGAUUAUGCAUGUAAUCCAAAAAAUAAAGACAAAUUGAUACCUGAUUUAUUCUUAGAAGAAAAUUUAGAUGUAUCAGACAUACAUGAUUAUGCAUUAUAUAAAAACAUGCAAAAGGGUACAAACAAGCAGGAUACAAACAAACCAAAGGAAAAAAUUGCCCAGAUAUUUACAGUUAUUCAAGCUAGUUUAAAUACCGAGCUUGUUAAUAAAACAAACGCCAUAUAUCAAUUCAAUGUUAAAGGUAAUGAAGCCGGUACAUGGUUUUUGGAUCUGAAAACUGGUAAAGGUUCAGUAGGUAAAGGAGAACCUGGUCAAUUACCAGAUGCUACAUUGACAAUGGAUUCUGAAAACUUUUUUGCAAUGUUUUCUGGAAAAUUGAAACCUGCAUCAGCAUUUAUGAUGGGAAAAUUGAAAAUCAGUGGAGAUCUUCAAAAAGCAAUGAAACUGGAAAAAUUAAUGCAUCAUUUGAAAUCUAAACUUUAA